AUGAAGGACAAUAUUCUGGUGGCGGUUCUCCUGGCGAUAGCGUUGGUCACCCCGGCCUUCGCGUGGUUGUUCUACGUUUGGUAUCGAUCACACGUGGCCCAAAUGCACCAAGAAGGCCAAAUCUUCAACAGAAGAAACCGAGAUCGUGCCCAGGCCAACUAUGAGCCUGCAAAUGGACCCCAAAACCCCGUAUUUGGACCCUACUUUACCCCUCGCGGGUGGGUUCGACCAAAGGCCCGAGGAUUCUCCAAUGCCCUGCGUACGCCACAGUAUGUUCACCCCCGGCAGCCAAUAUAUACCGGUAACCCGAAAUCUGACCAACAUUUCCAAGGACCAAGCCGGACGAGCACGCGUAGUCCUCCCCAGCCGGCGAACCAGCAGCCGAACCCAUUAUCCAAACGGCAGCAAAGGAAACAACGAGCGCUACAAAACAAACAAAGACAGCAACAGGAAAGAGAACAGCAACGAAGUCAGAAUGAGCAACGGAGCAAGCAAAAUCGACAAAACCAGCGCAAACAGAAAAACAAGAACCAAGGCCAGAAUCACCAGAGGUCCCCCAAUUCCCAUUCCCCAAAUUCCCAGGGAGGCCAAGACGAGCAAUAUCAUCACUGGGGAAACACAGAAGGACAAAAUGACCAAACCAGCAAUCAUGGUGGCGGAUGUGGCUGGGGAAAUGAUGAUACCUCACGGGACAAUCAACACAACACUGAGCAGAACGAUAACAACGUCGACUGGGGCAACACUUUCAACAUUGACGAAGGAGGGGAGAGAAAUAGUGGACCUGGUUCCCCACGACGAGGCUCACGAAACAAUCACAAUAGCCCACGGGAAAAGAGCCCUCAAUGGGGUAACAGCCGCCCUGCAUCCCCAGAUCGAGCGUCACGAAACGAAGCGGAUUCCCGCGGAGGUUGGGGUCAGAGUGACGAUGGUGCACAGCGAAACAGCCAUUCACGGAGCAAUCAUUCCAAUGAAGACCAUCAUAGCCGCAACGAGGGACGGGGCGAUGAUGAUACGAAAGGCUACCACAAGAAAAGCAAACGUAACCACCAUAUGUCCCCGGAGCGAAAGUCAAGAGGCCGAUCAAGCCCCAACCGUAACUGGGGACAGAAUGACAGUGGCACACGACAAAACAGCCCUUCACGGAGCAACCAUCCCAGCGAAGACCAUUAUAGUGGCCACGAUGGAUGGGGAGAUGACGAUACGAAGAGUUACCACAAGAAAAGCAAGCGUAACCACCACGCAUCCCCGGAGCGAAAGUCAAGAGGCCGAUCAAGCCCCAACCGUGACUGGGGACAAAAUGACCAUAAGGACUAUGGGGAAUGGGACAACAACAGCCGCAAAAGGUCCAGGUCCAACUCCUGGGGACAUGCAGAAGAACGCCGUGGUGGUGGCAGUCCAACCUGGAGCCAAGAUGGCAAUGUGCACCGAGACAAAAAGAAGAAAAAGGAGCGCUGGCAAAUUGAAUUGGAGGAGAAUCAGAAGAGACGUCAGAGUCGAAGUCGCUCGCGCGAACGCUCGGAUACAGGAUGGGACAAGCGCAGCCAGGCUUCCGGCUGGAAAGAGACACAGAAAUGGUGA